AUGCAGGACGACGUAUGUUUGAUUGAAGGCAAACUUGACCUCGACAACUUCCGGUAUGACAACAAGCUAUCCAUCGCCUUCCCCCACACCACUCUCUCUCUCUCUCUCUCUCUCUUCUCUCUCUCUCUCUCUCUUUCUCUGUAUAUCUGUCUGUCUGUCUCUCUCUCUCUUUCUCUCUAUUUAUUUCUCAAUUUCUGUCUCUACGUCAUUUCUACCUCACUGUUUUUCAUUCUCUCUUUCUCUCUCUCUCUCUAUUUCAUUCUCUAUCACUAUCCCUCUAAUCUAUCUCAUUCUUUCUUUCCCUCUCUCUGUUUGUCCCACUUUCUUUCUCGUUCUUCUCUCUCGUCUAUUUCUCACUUUCUGAAUCUAUGUCAUUUCUCCCGUCUAUCUAUUUCUCUGUCUCUCUGUUUUUCUUUUUCUCUCUUUGUCUCUAUCACUCUCUCUCUCUCUCUCUUCCAUUUUUCUUUUUCUCUCUACCCUUCCCUCUCUCUUUCUCUUUCACAGAUAUUUUUUAUUUCUCAAUUUCUGUUCUUAUGCCCUUUCUCUUUAGCUAUAUGUCUCUUUGCCUCUCUGUUUUCUUCUCUCUCUCUCUUUCUCUCUCUCUCAGAGGGAGAGAGAGACAGACAGACAGACAGACAUCUGUACUGCUCUUGGUCAGAACUGUGGGCCUACCUAUCCGCCAUGCCUCAACGCCAACGCUGUCUGCCUGAAGAACCUGAUUUCUUUAUCGCCACCCUACUGCCAGUGUGA